GGAGGAGGAAGAAGAAGAAAUCGGAAGAAAGUGGGGAAAGCGAAGAGAGCGAAGAAGAAGUGGCUAAAAAAACAACACGGGCACUUGGAUGUCUGUUAACAAACAAGGUUACACAGUAAUCUGAGAGGUUGUCCAGUGCAUCAUGUGAGCUGUGAAAAUCUGAACUAGCUGCUGAUAUGGUGGACCUGAGCCUGACCCGAACUUCCCGGUCUCAUUUUUUUAUGAGAGUCUGGGGAAAAUGUGGUCACACAUUAUGGAUAUAAGAAGUUGUAAUCCUUGAUAUACCAACUUUACAGAUUUUGAAGUUGAACAGCUGGAAUGGAGAGAGAAGCAGCUGAGAAGGAAAUGGAUGUCACUGACAGUGACGAGGAGAUUCCUGAUGGUGUCGCUGCCUUUGUGACCAAUUCAAGUCAGUGGGAGUCCAGAGAGACUGAUGAGGAGGAUGACUGCGAGCAGGAGGAUAAAACAACGUAUCUGACAUCUCAGGAAACUCCGAACCCAGCUGCUCAGCAAGAUUCUGGGAUUGGUGAAGCAGAUUACUGUGGAUCCCCAGAGGCCAAAGACAUUACAGAAGAGGUUUCAGACGACUUGGAGCAUGACAAGACCGGUGAUGAGAAUUCCCAGGUUAUAAAUCAAGAGGAGGAUGAAGCUGCAAAGGAGCAGCAUAUGAAUGGGGAGUCUGGUUGGAGGAAUGUGGGGAGUGGAAAGAGGUGUAAACUGAGGAGCGGUGGAUCCGUUUUAGAGCAGAGCGGCCGGAAUGCUUUUUCAUCCUUUCAAAAAAAUGUCAUGUCAAGUGGUGGUCGACACAAAGCGGCACGCAGACGUAACCACCACCAUCAGGCAAACCGGGGCCGCAGGAGGGCGGGCAACCAGCUUGUCUUGGCAUUCAGGGAGAUGCUGUCGGAGUCUCUGAGCCUCUGGUGCAUCUCUUGCAUCCACAUGAUGAUUGAAAUUAUUGUCACAUUAACUCACAAUUGUGGAGUUGGAGUGGAGACAGGAGUUGUGAAACUUUACAAUGUUAUGCAGCAGCUCCUCAUAAAGAUCACUGAUGUACCGGCAAUGAAGGCAGAUGCUAGUCGGAUUCUGAAAUGGACAAAAUGCACAGGAGCAGACAUCCUGGACAAAACUGUUAGGUCACUGAAGUGGAUAAAGACAGCUGCCUUAUCUUGUUUCAGAAUUAUCUGUGCGUUUGUUAUUUUCAGUUCCCAGUGGGCAAAGGGUUUGUUGGUUCGCUUUGGUGGAGAGAGGGGGAAACGCUAUUGGACAGCUUUUCAAGAGUCACGGUUUUGGAAGGGGGUGGUGUCCUUGCUAGAAAGGGUCCGAGGACUGUUCAGGAGGCAUGGUCAUGCAUCGCCAUCUAUGCCCGAGUCACCAGGCAGAGCAGGGAAAUGUCAGCCAGGACAGGAACUGGAGAGACUACUGGCAUUGGCUGAGAUACCAGAGGAGGAGCUUGACCCCUUUACAGUGCUUGGUGUGGAAGUGCACGCCACUGAGACCGAGCUAAAGAAGGCCUACAGACAUCUGGCUGUCCAGGUCCAUCCAGACAAGAAUAAACACCCACGAGCUGGAGAGGCGUUUAAAGUACUGAGGGCUGCCUGGGAUAUUGUCAGUAACCCAGAGACACGACGAGAGUAUGAGUUGAAGCGUAUGGCAGCAACUGAGCUCUCAAAGUCCAUGAACGAGUUUCUCACUAAGCUGCAGGAUGACCUGAAGGAAGCCAUGAACACAAUGAUGUGUACCAAGUGUGAAGGCAAGCACAAGCGGUUCGAGAUGGAUCGCGAACCUGCUGAGGCCCGGUUCUGUGCUGAAUGCAGCCGUUACCAUAGUGCUGAGGAGGGAGACCUGUGGGCAGAGUCCAGCAUGUUGGGCCUACGCAUCACAUACUUUGCCUGUAUGGAUGGAAAGGUGUACGAUAUCACAGAGUGGGCAGGUUGCCAAAGAAUAGGCAUUUCUCCUGACACACACCGUGUUCCGUAUCACAUCUCCUUUGGUUCAAAGAACAACAGCAACGCAGCACGACACAGGACGCCCUCGGAGCACGCUCCAGGUCCCACCAGCCCCCCCGAUUUGCAGGAUUUCUUCAACCGAAUCUUCAAGGGAGCGCCACCUAAUGAUAUGGCUGCCAACGGAAGCUUCUUCCCCUCAGGUCCGCCUCCUCCACACGCCCCUGGUGCUGGAGCACCUCCGUUCUCACCCCCUCCAGGUUCAACAAGUUUCUUCAUGCCCGGAGGUCACCGUCCAGAGCCCAGCGAGACAUUUGCUGAAAGUGGUAAACCCCCCAGAAGAAGAAAGAAGGUCCGUAAACCCUUCCAGAGGUGAAGUUUGUUGACUUGGUAGUGAUAUUGAAAUAGCAACGCAGGGACACAAUUGAUAAUGGCCAUGUUUGUCUCUCACCUGCCUGUCGGCAUGCCAAGAUCUGAACUGACUAAAUUCAUGUGGUUGAGGCUACGGUCAGAUCAGCCUAGAGCAGAGAGAGACUGGAUCAUGAAGAGGAGCCUGUCAACUGAAUACAAGUAUUGAAGGAGGGCUGAAGAGGUGGCAGCGAUGGUGCUUUACCUCUCACUUCACCAUAUUUCUUUUGCUGGUCUUAAAGACGACUGUAGCCUUGGCAUUGAAAUCCUAUUCAGGAUACUGUACUGAAACAUUUUGCUUUUCAUAAUUUCCUGCCAAAUUCUUCAUUGCAUGAUUUUAUUCACCUGCAUUUAAUACUUUGGUUCUCUCACUCUUGUUAUUAGUGUUCUGUACACAGUUUAAGGCGGCGUCUCUAGAAAGCGGCUGUUGAAGAGAGUGUCAGUGUGACUGAUUUAUGGAUCCCUGUAAUUGUGUAAUGAAGAUAAUGAUCAGCUUCAUAUUGUCAGUUACUGUUACCAGAGGAUCUACUUCUGGAUCAGCGCCUCGCCCACGAUAUUUCAAGAAUGAAUCCUUGCUGCCCAAACUCAACACAUCUGAACUAAACCAACAAAAACGUGACACAUUCUACUGAAGUGAGUGAAAACUUGCUUUAGUAGGUUAAUCACAGCCACAUUUUAGUCAGUUGGUCAACCGGCCUAAAAGAGGCCACAGUGUGGUUCUCUGGUCGCUUGCACACAAACAGCAAGGAAGGGCAGAAAAGUUCUUUUUGAUUAAAAAAAGGAAACCUACUUUUUAAAAGUUGUUGAAUAAUUAACUUUUACCUUUUACUACAGAAGAAGAUAAAGCAUCUGGACAAAGCUAUCACGCUACACAGUCACGUGCGGUGUCUAGACACUAGAACUGUGGUUUAAAUUUGUGUUGCCAUUACCAAAGAACCACACUUUCCAUUAAGUCCACUACUAAAAAAUUUGCCAUGAAAGGCAACGUGCUCUGUGUUUGUUGAACACAUAUCACACAGACUGAUCCAAAUUCAAUAGGACCAUUUUUGAGAACCCAGAAAUUGAAGUUUGUGUCACACUUUUAACAAAUCUAUUAAUGCAUCAGGUCCUACUAUCAGAAAACAUCAGGCACACCAGUGAAAACAAAACCCUUCUAAAACAACAGCCCUGCUUUUACAUUAGUCAUGAAGGGAGAUCCACCCUUCAUGACUAAUCAGUUUAUAUUGAAAUGCUGUGAUUCAACUGUGAGAUCAUUCUGGAGGAUGUCGUUUGUGGUGCUGUUAAACUGGAUUGAAAUAAUCUUUCUUUAGCCCAGUGAUGAAAUAAUAGAAACAACACAUACAAUGAAACAGUUCUUCAAACCAGCCCCCAAAUUAAGGUCACAGUUGAAUCAACAUCUUUCUCCGUUGUUUUAAACUAAUGCUCAAUGCCGUAACAGUGCGGGACUGUUCUAUUAGAACUGAUUGUCACUAGCGUACCUAAUGAACUGGCAACUGAAUGUUUGUUCAACAAUAUAUCUCAGAAAUUAACUAAUUGAUGUGCUGCCACCAGCUCGACCAGUAAAUAAACUGACAGACAUGACACUAGUUAAAAACGCAUCUCUACUAAACUCUAGCCUUGUCGUCCUGGCAGCUACUGAAAAACUUUGUCAUUCAGAUCAAGGUCUUAUUAUUUGGUGCCAUUUUGCAGCAGUUGUGAAGCCGUGACUGACCUGCGACUGUUGGGCAGCUCAGAACAAGCCAGUAAGACAGUUUGCGAAGAAUCUUCCAAUACACCCAUCAUUGUGAAAAGCUACUCGCAAUCUAAACAUCUGAGUUCAGUCGUACUGUCUGUAACAACAUGAAGGGUCAGAUUGACUGCUUGUAUUUCUUAGUUUGGUUUGUUCAUUGUAGCUUGAGUUGAGAAAACAGAGCUUUUAUUGUUUACACCUGACGUGAAGAUUGUGAGAGUGAAGUGAUGCAGCAAUUAUGUGCGAGGCAUUUGAUAAAGGCUAUUUUUUUAUAUUGAUCAUGAUCAGCGCCGGGCUCAUCGUUUUCCUUUUGUGUUCAUUUGCACACCCACCGCUGUAAUGCCAACAUCAGAGGGACAUGGGCUCAUUAGUUUUGUUUUUGUUUUUUUGGUAGGAUCUGAAUGUUAAUUCAGUGACAGGUUUUUGAAAAGCUUCAUCUAAUUGCACAACCCUUACAGUCUGGGGAAAGUCCGUUAGCUCUUAAAAGGCAAUGUGAAGUUGUUUGUAAGCUUGAAAAGGAGAAGCUGUUGUUGCAAAUAUUGUUUUAGGUUUUAGGUUUUUUUAAGCAGUGAUAAGUUUGCCUCAUUUCUCGUCACGUGUCAAAAUAGUUUCCCAGUUUUCCAGACACGGCUGGAGGUAGUGAUCUCAAACAGAUUGUAGUUUCCAGCUGAGUCAGAGCUGUGAGAACUCUCUUUUUUUUGUUUCUCCGGGAUUAACUCGCAUUUUCAGAUCACAGCUUGCUGUCAAAGACCUGCUUCAGUCCCUGUCUAGGAAACUGGAAACAUAACGCCUCGUUUUCCACACGUCGUUCCUGACUUGAGAAUGUGCAGUGCUGUGCGUUAAAGGUAGCAGUUCAAAGUCCAAGAGGGAGUCAGUGAAAGAGCCAACACUCCGGAUUAUUAUAAUUUGUUUAUUUUUGAGUUUUUAACAGAAUAUGCAGAAUUAUUGCAAAAAAAGAAUAAUAAUCUGACAAUCAUCAGGGGUUUUCUGUGGGGAAUGAGGAGGAGAGUUCCCUGGCUGGCGAACAGUUUUAAAAUACCACUGUUGGGUUUGUUUCCCCCCGCUUACUCUGGUUUUCAAAAUAAAGAUGAUUUCCUAUAUGCA